CCCAAACAGUGACAGACGGCGUGCUAGCAACGUCAGGAGAAAUGAGAACAUUUUAGUCUAGCUUUCACAUUUAGAAACAAAACAAGGUACGACUUUAAAGAGAUUGUGCUGUAAUAAAUCGUUUGCGGUUAGCUGUUACCUAACGUCGGCCUUUACUAAACGUGAAUACGUCUCUUCUACUUUUUAUUUGGUCAGUCAUUGAAACACUACAAUGGACGGCCUGCAGAGGAGGGUGAUUCAGGAAGACAUGGUUCAGUACAAACUCUUCUGGAUCCAGACAGACGGUGCGCAGCAGACCGAGGAACAUAUCUCACAUCUAGUAGAUGAGAUCCUGGCGAAGGUUGCCUCACUCCUGAUACGAUACAUCUGGCAGCAUCAGUCAUUCAACCUCAAGUAUCAUCCUGAGAAAGGUGGUGUACCGGCUCACAUUGGAGGUAGCACUCAGUUUGGGGACAAUGUGGAGGACGAGUGGUUUGUUGUAUAUCUCUUGCAACAAAUCACAGAGGCCUUCCCAGAGCUCGUAGCCAGGGUUGAGGACAACGAUGGAGAGUUUCUUCUGAUUGAAGCAGCAGAGUAUCUUCCCAAGUGGCUGAGUCCAGACACCAGUGAAAACAGGGUCUUCCUCUAUAGGGGAGAGUUGCAUAUUCUGCCGUGUCCCUCCAAAUCCAGUCCAGUGGGGGUCUCAAAAGAUGUGGUUCCAAGUGUGGCACAAGCUAUCGUACUGCUCUCCACCCACCCAGAGGCCUGUCAGGCGAGCCCCAAGAUCUGUUCAGCCCUUAGGAAGCGAUUAGACGGAUACCCAGAGAAGAUUGAAAGUGGCCUCCACCGUGCCCACUGUUUCAUACCUUCAGGUAUCGCCACGGUGUUGGCACAACGACCAGACCUGGUCGCCCCUGCAGUGUCGGCGUUCUACCUGCGCGAUCCGGUAGAUCUGCAGGCGUGUCGCAGUUUCAAGACCUUCCCUCCUGACACAAGAGUCCUCGCCUCGGUGACAUUCACCCGUUGCCUGUACGCCCAGCUGCAGCAGCAACAGUUCUCUCCAGACAGAAGGAGCGGCUUCACCCUGCCUCCUCCCCUUCAUCCCCAGUACAAAUCCCAUGAGCUCGGCAUGAAACUGGCCCAUGGCUUUGAGAUCCUGUGCUCGAAGUGCAGGCUGCCAUCAUCAGAGCCCGAUGCUCCUGUCAGUUGUAACCCUCAGUGGAAAGGCUUCAUGGACAGUCUGAGAAGAAACAGCUACUUUCGGGAAGAACUGGAAGGUUCGGCUCAUUACAGGGAACUGACCAGAUCUGCGGAAAACUUCUUCAAACAGUGCGUCGCCUCAAAGUCAAGUGCUUGGUCCCCGGGGGAGGAGGUUCUCCAGCUGCUGCACAGAUGCAGUCCGAUCAACUUGGAGGAGCUGAAGAAACAAGAGUCACAGCUCCCCCAAGAGGACAGUGACAGCUGGCUGGAUAUCACAACUCAGGAUUUGGAGCGUCUGUUGCAGGAGAGGAGUGGAGGCAGAGCUGAUGUUGGCAAACAGAAUGUCGGGGGUGCAGAGGAGAGGAGGAAGGAGACGGAGGAUGACAAGAAGGAAGAGGAGGCCGGUUUCAGCCUGGUAGCAGUCAGUCAAGGGAUGAAGAACUUCCUCAACGCCAUGUCGUCGCAUGAGGGUGCUGAACUUCCCUGGAGCAGUUCAACUCAGCCUUUUAGUUUUGAGCCUGACUCCAUGGCCAACGCACUGGACCGACUACUCGGAAGCAAAGAAGAAGAGCUAGAUUCAGAUGAUCUUGACGAUGAUGAAGAGGAAGAAGAUGGCGAUGAGGGCGAUGAGGAAGAGAAAGAAGGUCACACAGAGAUGAACGGGACAGAAUCUUUGGACGGUCUUAGGAAAUACAUGGAUCAAAUGGAUCAGGAGCUGAUGAGCACUAAUAUAGGACAAAGCUUCAAUCUGACGAAUUACAACAAUGCGGGCUUGGGCAAUGGCUCCCCUCAUGCCUCUGCUCCUCUCCAUGGAGAGGAGAGGGAAGAGACGGAGGAGGAGAUCCAGCCUCUGGACGUCGACCUGAAUCUGGUCGCAAACCUGCUGGAGUCUCUCAGCUGCCAGUCGGGUCUGGCCGGACCGGCUUCCAACCUGCUGCAGAGUCUUGGUAUCCACCUACCACCCAACUCUGACCCCUCGUAAAGGACCAGAAGCGGACUGCGCUAGGAGGAUGAGCAUCUGCAGUGGACGAGGCUUCCCUCGAAGUGGUUUGCCUUCACUCACAUUGACAAUACAAAGCGCUCAUGGAUGUCGAAGAUGUCCUGGAGAGCUUUUAUUGAAAACAAACGGUUUACAUUCAAUGUUUCUCACGAGGUGUGUGUGUGUGUGUGUGUGUGUGUGUGUGUGUGUGUGCGCUGUAAAACUGCAUGAACAACAAGUUGGGUGCUUUUGCUACAUCAUAAAACAAAAGCAAAAAGGAAUUAAACCUGCCUUGUACGUAGUUUACAGUUCUACCAUUUUUAGGGUGUCCCCAUCCAUUAUGUAUGAUUGGGACACGUUCAUGGCAGCGUGAAAAUAAAUGUGUUCAUCUUCAGUUUUGGUUGUAGUAUGAAUACCGAUUGUAUGUCGGUUUGGCCAUGAAUCUUCAUGUGGAGUUUUAAUUCACGUUCCUUAAGCAAACAAACUAAGUCUCUGACAGUCUUGUUUACAGUUUAGUUGGAGAUUAAUUUGGGGAACAGGGCAUGCCGUAUAACUUACACGUCUCCAGUUCUAUUCCAGAUGUGGGACCUGAGUUGCAUGUCAACCCUCUUUCUCUUACAAUUUCCAGUCUCUCCUCAUCUUUGCGUCAUCAGAUAAAGGUGAACAAUUUCCUUUUUAAAAGAAAUCAAUGGUUAGUUUGUUUUUUAACAGCACUUAGAAACAAUAAAUAUUUUUUGAAAUAAAAGUCUCAUUUCAGUUUA